AAUCUCUCUGGUUGAUAAUAAAAAAUCAUGACCAAUAACAAACAGUGCAAAGCCUUGAUCAUUAAUGCAUCUUUAUAAAUUUGUUUAUUGAAUGUGAUCAGGAAAUUAAUUUUCUAUGGAUAAAAAAUAUAUGAAGUAGUAGUGAUUACCUCUUUAAAUCCUAAGCUUUGUCGUUCGAGCAUCAUGCAGAACCAGAGACCGAAGUUGAGUCUUCUCAUCAUCUAUCCCCUGAAUUGGUAGGCUGGGGUUGCCUUGUGACAGCUGCAAGAUGAGGACAGAGUUUAAGAACUGCAAGAAGCCAGAGGUGGAUUACAGGAAGGGGCUAUGGUCACCUGAUGAGGACCAAAAGCUCAGAGAUUCAAUCCUUCAGCAUGGAGUCAGCUGUUGGAGUGAAGUUCCUGCCAAAGCUGGCUUGCGGCGAAAUGGAAAGAGUUGCAGAUUGAGAUGGAUCAACUACCUCAGGCCUGGUCUAAAACGUGGAAACUUUUCACCAGAGGAGGAGGAGACCAUCGUGAAGCUUCAGUCCAAGUUGGGGAACAAGUGGUCACAAAUAGCAAUGCAACUACCUGGAAGAACAGACAAUGAAGUUAAGAACCACUGGAACUCCUACAUGAAGAAGAAGAUCACAAAGCCUCAAGAACUACACACCUCUAGCUCAGCAAGCUCAGCUCUUAAUCUGACCAUCCAAAGGCUAACAAUGCACAAAGAAGAGAAUGAUCAUGGUGUUCCAAGUGCUGCAAGAGGAUAUACUGAGGCACUUGAAGCAUGUCUGAAGAACUAUGACCAAUCUGUGAGUCAAAACAUUGGUGGUGUCCAAAACAGGACAGCAGCAGAUCACUUCCCCAAGGUUUUAUUUGCUGAUUUCUUGUCAUUUGAGCAGGCCAACUGGGACAGCUUGUUCAACUUGGAUGAUGCAAUUAACAAUCAGUGGCACUGCAAUAAUUUCUACACAGCUUCACAAGUCGAUGCACAGUAUGGAAAUAAUGUCAUCGUUCCAAAUGGUUUCAGAUUCACCAACACUUGUGGGCAGUUUGAAUGAGAGUUUGAGCUGAUGGUAAACAUUGAUGGUUCUCAUUCCUUCAAAUUCAGUGUUAUUUACUAAAGACAAUGAGAGUAUGACUGAAAUGCAAUAGCUAAAUAACUUUUAGUCCCACAAUUCAUGUAAUAAGUUCUUUAAUGACUUGUUUGAGACAUUGCUUUGUAUAAAGCUCAAUCAUGUAAUCAAUCUAGAUUGAGACAUUAUGCCUUAUU